AUGGCGCCGCGCGAAGACCUAGUUGCAUCCGCGGUCACGUUCCUCCAGGACCCGUCUGUCGCUUCUGCUCCCCUCGAGAAGCGCAUCGAGUUUCUCAAAUCCAAGAAUCUCACACAAGAAGAAAUCACUGUGUCUCUUGCCCGUGCUGGCGGGGAUGCAGCUGCCGUCUCUACACCGUCGCCACAAAAUGCUCCCUACUAUCCGCCUCCCAGCGCCCACGAUGUCCGAGGUCCUCCGGGUCCCAGAUAUCCAUACCCUUACAAUCCGUACGGAGACUGGCAACCUCCACCGCCGGAGCCGCCCAAACGAGACUGGAGAGAUUGGUUCAUCAUGGCUACCGUGGUCGGCGGUGCGGGAUACGGCAUGUACGUCCUUGCGCAGAGAUACAUCAAACCAUUAAUAUCGCCACCCACACCACCACAACUGGAGCAGGAUAAAGCCGCCAUUGACGAGCAAUUCAACAAGGCAUUUGCACUGCUCGACACAUUGUCUUCCGAUACUGCUGCAUUGAAACAGGCUGAAGAGGCUCGAACGCAAAGACUGGACAGCGCCAUUACGGAUAUCGAAGAGAUUGUUGCAGAACUGAAAGCGGCAAAUCAGAAGCGUGAAGACGAUGCGCGACGUAUGGAGGCAGAAAUCAAGACCAUGAAAGAUGGUCUGCCUCGCUCUAUUGACAACGUACGAGAUGCGAGCGAGAGGCAGUUGAAAGAGUUGAGCACCGAGUUGAGCAGUUUGAAAGCCCUGAUGGGAAAUCGUAUGGGUAGCGGCUCUGGAGUCUUUGGAGUCCCACGGGCACAGCCACCGACAAUGCCAGGCUCAAACGCUGCCUCCACGUCCAGUACCCCAGCACCACCCCCUUCAGUGGAGAAUGCCCCUGCUGGUAGCGGUGUAUCUGCGCCUCGGCCAAUACCAUCGUCUACGAACUCAACUCCACAACUUCCUGCCUCUAACCCGACUCCGGUGGCAACAUCUGGAAGCAGACCGACAUCUGGCACCAAAGCUUCUAUUCCGGCCUGGCAGAUGGCGGCACUCAAGGCGGCAAAUAAUCCUAGCCCGGCGGCUGCGAGUCACGGGGCUAAUGUACCAGUGGCUAAUGGUGCAUCUUCUGGAUCAUCUUCCCAGCAGCAGCAGCAGCAACCUGAUGGUGCAGACGCCAUCGCUGCUCUUAACGCAAGUUAG